AUGGAUCCAAAUGCAUCAGGAACAGGAUCCUCAAUGAAUCUUUCAACUAAAAAUGAAUUUUUAAUUGGAGGAAAAUAUCGUUUAGUACGUAAAAUUGGUUCAGGUUCAUUUGGUGAUAUUUAUUUCGGCAUAAAUAUAACAAAUGGCGAAGAAGUCGCUAUUAAACUCGAGUCAGUUACAGCUCAUCUUCCUCAAUUAUUGUUCGAAUCAAAAUUAUAUAAAAUCUUACAAGGUGGUAUUGGUAUACCACAUAUUCAAUAUUAUGCUCAAGAAAAAGAUUAUAAUGUUCUUAUUAUGGAUUUACUUGGACCAUCGCUCGAAGAUCUGUUCAAUUUUUGUUCACAAAGAUUCACUAUGAAAACAGUGCUUAUGCUUGCCGAUCAAAUGAUUGGCCGUAUUGAAUUUGUACACAACAAGAAUUUCAUUCAUCGAAAUAUUAAACCGGAUGAUUUUUUGAUGGGCAUUGGUCGCCAUUGUAAUAAAGUAUUUUUGAUUGAUUUUGGAUUAGCAAAAAAAUAUCGUGACAAUCGGACUCGGCAACACAUUCCCUAUCGAGAAGAUCGAAAUCUAACUGGCGAACCUCGUUUUGCAUCAAUAAAUACCCAUUUUGGUAUUGAGCAAAGUCGUCGUGAUGAUAUGGAAUCAUUAGGCUAUGUUUUAAUGUAUUUUAAUCGUGGUUCAUUACCAUGCCAACGCCUUGGAGCAGCAACUAAAAAGCAAAAUUAUGAAAAAGUAUUAGAAAAAAAAAUGUCAACGCCCGUUGAAAUACUGUGCAAAGGAUUUCCAGCUGAAUUCGCUAUGUAUCUAAACUAUUGCCGUGGUCUUCGUUUUGAAGAAACACCUGAUUAUAUGUAUUUACGUCAAUUAUUUCGCAUUUUGUUUCGUACAUUAAAUCAUCAAUAUGAUUAUACAUUUGAUUGGGUAGUGCUCAAACAAAUGGCAGCUAAUGCAGCAUCAUUAUCGACAACAGCAACUAAUACAAGUGGUGAAACUACGGCUACAACUGUUAACACUGCGAUGGUACCACAACAAAUAUCAACUGCACAAAUGACUUCGACAAAUACAGGGAAUACUGUCAACAAUGGAGCAACACCAGAUUCAUCAAAAACCAGUCAUUUUUAUGAUGCAUGCCGAGAAAAUAAUAUCAGCUUGGUUGACCAUUAUUUGAAAACCAUGACAGUGGAAGAAGUUGAUCGAAUAGAACCAAAUGGUUCCACGGCUUUUCAUGUAGCUGCAUAUCGGGGAUAUGACAAGAUCGUUGAACUACUAAUACAGAAAGGUGCUAGUUGUUCAGUAAAAAAUAGAUACAAUUCUACUCCGCUUGAGGAAGCUAAAACCGAUAGAAUAAGACAGCUGAUACGACGUCGCUUGAAUAAGAAUCGUUUUGUUGGUGACUAUGUCGAGUGGACGAUUCCAACAAAUGAUACCGACUGCAAAUCACAUGAAUAUUUUAAAACAUUGAAAUCGUAUGGCACUGAUCCUAAGUUCCAUAAGUUGAUUGGCUAUAUAAAACGGCAUUAUCUUGAAACAGAAUUGCGCGAUGUAGAUGGCAUCAGCAUAGUAAAAGAAUAUUUUGAUAAAGCCAUCAACGACAAAGAUCCCACUUAUUUGUUAACAGCCUACACAGCAAGAACAGGUUUCUGUUCUGCGCUCAAUGCUCAUCUAGCACAAAUACAGCCUGAAAGCCUGACUGCUAAGGAGAAUCUUAGUCGAGCAUAUUAUAUUGGAAUAUUGGCUGCCCAUCCAAAAUUCGACACGUUAUCAUAUAUCGGAAAAGUGUUUCGCAGUAUGAUAACUACUACUCACGAUUUAGAAAAGUACAAGAUUGGUACACGUAUUUUAACGAGAUCAUUUUUGUCGGCAUCAAAACAAAAGAGUAUAGCAUCAAACUUUUAUAUAAAUCAAGACGACACAAGCAAUCGAUUAAGUGUUCUAUGCGUAUACAAAAUACGAAAUAAAAGGACUGCAUUGGAUAUACAACAAGUAUCAUUAUAUCAAUAUGAAGAGGAAGUGUUAAUUUUGCCAUAUUCAGCAUUUAAAAUAACCAAAAUUCAUCCAAAUAAAAACAACUCAUCUCAAGUUAAAAUAAAACUGAAAGAAUGUGAACCAUGGUAG